GAUGUCAGAAUAUUACUGUGAUCUGGUUAAACUCACUGUAUGUAGAAGGUAAAAACAGUGUAUAUAACAGACCGGGUUUUAUGGUGUCGUGGUGGCGCUGGAUGGCGCUGCUGGAUGUUUUGGAAUUUAGAUGCUGGAGAUUUUUCUCCCACAGGUUUCAGAUCGAACAGGACACAGGACGCGACUAAUGAAGACUCAAGGUUAAGCAAAGAAGAGAGGAUUUUUGGUCACAUGACUUGGUGAUGAGAAGGAUCUAAGAAGAGCAUUCAAAACCACAGAGCCCAAACUACUGCAGACAAACUUACUUAAAUCCUUAAAGAAACGGCAAAACCUUCUAUACCUCUACGUCUCGACUGUGUGGACAGCCAAGAAUUUGGUAAAGAAAAAAGAAGGCGAACAAUUGUUCUGUGUACAUCUGCUACCCACAUGCCCCCUUCACACCAGUAAGGAGAGAUCUGAGCAACGGUUACCGUUCACACACAUUGACUUCACAUGGGAGUGACAUAGAAGCCAAUCCAGAACACACACCUCUGCAAUACACCUUUUAAACCUGCACACUCAGCCAGGAUGCCCUUUUCAUUCUGCGACAUUGGCUGGAGAAGGAAGUGGCCUUGGUGGUGAUCGGUGGAGGGAGCGGAGCAGGCAUCCAUGUCGUGGAAGCGCAACUACUUUGCAUCAGGCAGCGGCGGGCUGCAGAACAUUUCCAACCCGCGCACCAUGACCUCCAUCGCUCCCAGCAAAGGCCUAAGCAACGAGCCAGGCCAGAACAGCUGCUUCCUCAACAGCGCCCUGCAGGUACUUUGGCAUCUUGACAUCUUUCGCAGAAGCUUCAGGCAGCUGACCACGCACAAGUGCAUGGAGGACUCGUGUAUCUUCUGUGCUUUAAAGAGCAUCUUUGCCCAGUUCCAGUACAGCAGUGAGAAGGUUCUACCAUCGGAUGCCCUUCGCAGCGCUCUGGCCAAGACUUUUCAGGACGAGCAGCGCUUCCAGCUGGGCAUUAUGGAUGAUGCUGCCGAGUGCUUUGAGAACCUGCUGAUGCGGAUCCACUUCCACAUCUCAGAUGAGACUAGAGAAGACAUCUGCACAGCCAAGCACUGCAUCUCACACCAGAAGUUUGCUAUGACGUUAUUUGAACAGUGUGUGUGUAACAGUUGUGGAGCUACGUCAGAUCCUCUUCCAUUUGUUCAAAUGGUGCAUUACAUCUCCACCACGUCUCUCUGUAACCAGGCCGUGCGAAUGCUUGAGUGCAAGGAAAAGCCGACGCCGGACAUGUUUGGGGAGCUUCUACGCAAUGCUAGCACUAUGGGAGACCUUCGGAGCUGCCCGAGUAACUGUGGAGAAAUGUUGCGCAUUCGCCGAGUUUUAAUGAAUUCUCCUGAGAUCAUCAGCAUUGGCCUGGUGUGGGACUCGGACCACUCUGAUCUGGCCGAGGAUGUCAUUCACAGCCUGGGCACAUGUCUGCGUUUGGGAGAUCUGUUCUACAGAGUGACAGAUGACAGAGCCAAGCAAUCAGAGCUCUACCUGGUGGGCAUGGUGUGCUAUUACGGCAAGCACUACUCCACUUUUUUCUUCCAAACCAAGAUACGCAAGUGGAUGUACUUUGAUGAUGCACAUGUCAAAGAGAUUGGACCUAAGUGGAAAGAUGUGGUGGCGCGGUGUAUUAAGAGCCACUACCAACCUUUGCUGCUGCUUUAUGCUGACCCCCGUGGGACUCCCGUAGCUUCACAGGAAAUGCCCUCUGCUCAUCUGGAGCUGCACCACUGCAGUAAAGCCGGCUACGACAGUGAAGACUCUGGGAGAGAGCCGUCUAUCUCCAGCGACACUCGCACUGACUCCUCAACAGACAGUUACAGUUAUAAGCACUCUCGCUCACAUCACGAGUCUAUGGCCUCGCAUUUUUCCUCCGAGUCUCAGGGAACUGUGGUGUGUAACCAGGACAGCAAUGGCUCACAAAACAGCAUGGACUCUGCAGGUAAUGAUGUCCUGAAAGAGAAGUGUGCUUCACUCUCUCCAUCACGGUCAUCCUCCACUGGACAACUUUUGGAUUAUAAGAAAGUGGGGCCAGGUGCUAGUGGAUCUGAGGGGAUGCAGCUUACAAGAGACUGGGAGGAUGAGAGCACCAGCAGCGAGUCUAAAUCAAGCUCUAGUGGGGGGCGCUAUCGGCCAUGCUGGAGACCCAGAAGAGAAGCUCUUAACAUCGACAGCAUCCUUAACCAUGAGAGACACAGACUAUGUGACCAGACUUCAAUGGGCACGAGUCCACUGCCUGAGGACUGCAUGCCUCAGACGUCCAGCGAAGCCUUCCCAGAGCCGGACGCAGAUGACAUGGGCAAAGCAGAUACCCAGGUCAUGGGCAGGGUGGGAGAUGGUUCUAAUCUAGGGAUGGGACAUCUUCCUGUACCGACCUCUCCAAGGGGUGUGGAUUACCAGCCAAGGUUGAUUCAGAGAAUGGAGAGCGGCUAUGAGAGCAGUGAGAGAAACAGCAAUAGUCCUAUCAGUAUGGACAUGCCUCUGAAUGAGAAUUCUACUGCACUAAGAGAGGCUGGCAGUAGGAGGUCACCUACCUCGGGACCAUCCUGGAAGACGGUGCCAAAAUCCAAAAGUAGCAGUUCCAUCCUGCAAGACGUACGAUCACCCAGCUGGAGCAGCACUUCUGCAAGCUUGGGAGAGGGCCGCAGCGAGCUGGACGAGCUGCAGGAGGAGGUGGCCCGCAGAGCAAGGCAGCAAGAGCUUCAGAAAAAGAAGGAGAAGGAGAGAGAGGCAGCCAUGGGCUUCAAUCCAAAACCUAGCAAGUUCAUGGACUUAGAUGAACUUCAGCACCAGGGAAAGGGGUGCAGUUUUAAACGCUGCCUGGCAGAAGCGGAUGCUCUGUUAGAGCAGUCGCUGCGCCUCGAGCAGGCUGGAGACCCAGCCACCGCCCUGGCACUCUCUCGCCACGUUGUUUCUAAAUUAAGAUUUUCCAUGCAUGAGGGCAGUGCUAACACUCAUAGCAGGACUAUGGCUGCUGACGCCAAGCUGCAGAAAUGCAUGAGGAGAGCUCGAGGCCUACAACAGCGCAUUCAGCAGCAACAGCAGCAAGAGCAGCCUCAAGAGCACGGCCGUCCACAGGGGCCUCUCAGUGAACAACCUGGCUCGGUCCAAAUACUGCUGACAGACAAUUUAGAGGAGGUCUGGGAAGUCAAUCAGGACACUACCCGUGGCCUGCCCCCUCAUGCCCAGAUGAAGCCACUUCCCUCUGCUUCACUCUCUGCUUUGAACCUCCAGUCAGUUAGCAGUCCCUGCCCUCCGAUAUCCAAAUCACAACCCCUAGAUCCUACCCACGGAAGUGAUCACGCACUUAAAGAGAUGGAAUGGGGGGAUGAAAAAGUCCUGCAGUCAUCAGACAUGCAAAGCCAACCCAUGCGCAAGAACCUGGCAAUCUCACUUCCCUCUCUGCCCCUGGAAUUCUGGGGUGCAUUGGAUGAAGAUGAAGAGCUUUCUGAGCACCAGCAGCCCUCACCUCCACCUUGUUCUUCUUUCUCUACUUCCACUGUUCCUCCUAAAUGGAAAGGCACUGCUGACAGCCCAGUCUGGAGCCCCUAUCCCGGUGUAGCAAAAGCGUCAUGUCAGCCUGAUGACAGGGUACAAGAGCAUCUCAGAGCCCCUAGAUGGCAAUGCAACCUUGCUCUUUCUCACUCACCUAUAGUGUUCUGCUCCAGCACCAGAACGGUUCCCCUUCCCAAAGCCCGUCAUUGGUCCUCCUGGAGCUUGGACCGCCCUGACGCCGUAGUCACGCCACACGAGACUCCUCCAGACCAAAGCCACCUUAUCAGAUCAAUGGUUUCCCCACACUCACCAGGAUGGAGCAUCCCACCCAACAGUCAAACAAGCUCCAGAAACAAAAGUAUCAAAAACGUAUCCAACUCUCAGUUUGACCUCAAAGUGGAGACCAAGGCUGCAGAACCCGAGGAGAAUGAGCUUACUGAGCUGGACUCACUGUACCAGGCCAGCCUACAAGCCGGCCGUGGUCUUAGUCAAGCCUUAGCAAAACCAGCACGGAAACUUCUUUUUGGGGUGGGGCGCUCACAGACCCCUACGGCUGAGCAGGAGAGGACUGCAUUUGGAGCGCCAGGAUCUCACAGCUUUAACGCACACCCAGACCUGUCUUUCUCAGUGGCAGACCGGGAGCAGUAUGAUUCCGAUCACCUGCGCCGCAUUGCUCGCAGCCUGAGUGGGACCGCUGUUGGACGACGGGAGGACCAUCUCGCGGUCUCACAAAGCUUUGACUUGUCCAGAGGGUCUCAGAGUUUUUGGCUGUGCCUGACCGGGGUCAAGCUCAAUCCAGUCCAGCAAUGAAACAUGGCAGCCCUGUGCUAAUGAUGUCCUUGACGACCACCACCUAAUCAUCCUGGCAUUAGCAGCACUGGCACUGGACAAGCUUUGUCCUCCUCUCUGAAUGCAUCUGCACGAUCCUUGCAGGAAUCCCUGCAUAUUGUCAUAUGAAAACUUGCUAACAAAGAUUGAUUUCAGCUUUUCUAGCUCUGGCAGUAGCAGAUCUUUGAUGAUCCCUACAGUCCAUCUGUAGCUGUAGCUCUCUGUCCACGAUGGGCAUGUUGUCUCCUGUGUCUUCCUUCCCUCCUUCUAACUUGUUCCCAGUGUGCUCUAAGCUGCCUUCCUUUUCAACGGCCAUGUAUAGUGCAUCUGGGUCAGCCUCCUUUAGACCUCCUGCCUCUGUCCUGCAAAGCAGUUUGAUAAAGUGCAUACACUUCCUGCCCACAGCAUGGCAAAGGAUAAUCUUUACUGGAAUUAUUUUCUUUACUGCACUGUUUGGGAUAAUGUGUUAAAGUGGGCAGCUCUGUGUGAUUCGAGUGUGUGCUUGUUUGUGAGUGUGUGUGGUGCUAGCAGCAUGCUAUGGUACAGACGAGGUUCUAAACCUGGGCUCUGCCAGAGUGAGCCACCCUACCCCAUGCACUUAACUUAAUUAAAUGCACUGCGUGGAGCUGCAAAGCUAGAUGCAUCCAGGCUAACUUUUUAAUAUCUCUGAGGUCCAUUUAGCCACUCCACAGCAGACAUAAUUAGUGUGUGUGUGUGUGUGUGUGUGUGGUGGGGGGGGAAGGACAUAUAUUUAGCUCUUGGUUGAAACUAAAUAUACCUGUGAUGAAAGGAAAACCUGAUCAUUGAACUUUUUGGGGAUAUUUGCUGUGUCUCUAUUAAGAAAAAUGUUAUUUUUUAACAAAUAUGCAGAUUAAUUUAAAACUAGUAA